AGGGGUUUUUUUUUGUAGCAGGAAGCUCACAUGCACAUCAUUUAUUUCGUCAUUUUUAUUAGGAUUAGCACACCCAGCACACAUAUAAACACUUUUACAUUUCACACUUCCUCUAAGAAUACAUCAUAUGUCCUAGGAAUACUAAUCAGUUUUCAUUUUUUCAGUUUUAUACAUUACACUUCACAGAGACGGCCACAUCUCGAAAGGAUGUGCCCUCAUUUUCGAUGACUGCAAAUUGGUCGUCAAAGGAAGGGAGUGCUUUAUGUUUGCCCCCUUAUUUUGUAUCCUAGUGCCGUUGAUUCAGUCGUAGACUACCUCAAAGUGUUUUCAGCCUGCCAGAUUGAAUAGGCAGCGCUUUGAAAAAGGGGAUGGGCGUUAGCAGGGAUUCGCCUGUCUACACUUUUGUAUUACGUAUUCCUGCUGCGAGUCCACAUGUCUAAUGCUACUGUUCUUUCUUUCCCCACUCUCCUUCUCUCUUCCUUUUCUCUCUGUGUUGUGUUGCAGAUGAGAUUGUCAGCACUUUGGGAGAAGGCACCUUUGGGAGGGUGAUGCAGUGCAUUGACCAUCGCAGGGGAGGAGCCCAUGUUGCUCUGAAAAUUAUCAAGAAUGUGGAGAAAUACAAGGAAGCAGCUCGCCUGGAGAUUAAUGUACUGGAGAAGAUCAAUGAAAAGGAUCCUGACAACAAAUUCUUGUGUGUACAGAUGUAUGACUGGUUUGACUACCACGGUCACAUGUGUAUCUCAUUUGAGCUUCUAGCUCUGAGCACUUUCGACUUUCUAAAGGAAAACAACUACCUGCCGUAUUCAAUUGGUCAAGUCAGACACAUGGCCUACCAAAUCUGUCUUGCUGUGAAGUUUCUCCAUGACAAUAAGCUGACACAUACGGACCUGAAGCCUGAGAACAUCCUGUUUGUUAACUCAGACUUUACAAUGUCCUACAAUGUAGAGAAGAAACGAGAGGAGCGGACUGUAAAGAGUACAGCAGUACGUGUGGUAGAUUUUGGCAGUGCUACAUUUGACCACGAGCACCACAGCACCAUAGUGUCCACGCGGCAUUAUCGAGCUCCUGAGGUCAUACUAGAACUUGGCUGGAGUCAUCCCUGUGAUGUGUGGAGUAUUGGCUGUAUCCUGUUUGAGUACUACUUGGGCUUCACCUUGUUUCAGACUCAUGACAACAGGGAGCAUUUGGCUAUGAUGGAGAGAAUCCUGGGACCAGUGCCCUCGAGGAUGAUUCGUAAGACCAGGAAGCAGAAAUAUUUCUAUCGUGGCCGUCUGGAUUGGGAUGAGAGCUCCUCGGCAGGGAAAUAUGUCAGAGAAAACUGCAAGCCCUUGCGGCGGUAUCUGCUGUCAGAGGCAGAGGAGCACCACCAGUUGUUUGACCUCAUUGAAAGCAUGUUGGAGUAUGAGCCUUCCAAGAGGCUGGUGCUGGCCGACUCCCUCAAACACCCUUUCUUCGAGAACGGGGGCAGUGAGGCAACAGGCAGCAAGACCUGGGAGGGUAACCGGGACAUCAGCCGGUGACCCACGAGACUCCAAAGACAGUGACAGAGGAGAUCAAGUCCUUUCUAUGUGGAGCAGCUGAGCUGUUGAAUAAAUCCGAGGCCUCAGAGGUUUUCCGUUUGUCAUUAAAGCAUGGACCCCCUAAACUUCUUGCUCCUCUACCUUGCCCCUCUGACGUCCACCACUGCAGCCACAAGAGACCAAAAUAUAAACCACUGAAGACUGGAAAAGAGGCAGAUGAAUCUUUUCUAGUGGUCACUGCCUCGGUAGAGGCAAAGAAAUCUUAAAUGGAAGAUUGUUUAUAUCCAAAGUAGCCCUCUAUGCAGCUCCUGUCUUCCUUUUGACUUCUGAACCAACUUCCCUCCUUCCGUCCGUCCAUCUGUAGUUUUCAUCAGCAUGUAAAGAAAGAAAUAGUUCACUUCUCUAAGGUAAUAAGCACUACUACAGCCAGUCAUAAAAGAACCACUCAGUUUUGGGGAAGGACUGUCUUCCGAUUCUGAAAUCCAAGGAAAGGGUAAAAAGGAGAUAGAGCUGUAUAUGCAGCGCAAGUCCUCACCCACAUAGUUUGAAACAUGAAGACAUGCAAGGUAUUCUAUUAUUCUAACAUCAGGUCAUUGGAAUUGAAUAUCAUAUUUCUUUGGAAAUUGCAAGUAUCUCCAGCAGAGACCACUGUCUCAAGGUUUUGUUUACGUUGUCAUGUGAGCACUUGCAUAAGAUUUUUCAUGUUUCUUAUUUUAUGUAUAAAAAGAAUUUCCCAUAUAUGGAGAUCUCCGGUCGGUGGGCCUGUUGUUAUUCGCCAGUGAGAUGAUAAUGGUGACGACACUCCAGUCACACAGGCCUCUCUGGCCUGUCUUAUUGAUAAAUAUAUACGUUAAUGUUUUGCAAUGCUUUCUGGGUGUGAGUGUCUGUGUGUGUGCAUGUUGGGGUGUGGAUGGAGUGGGUGACACGUUCAUGUCUUGUUCAUUGGUUUAGUUAAGCAUUAGUCAUGGGAACAUUCUCGUACAUUUUAACACAAGAAACUGCCUUUUCCAUGUUUGACGUGGUCAGACCUGAAGUCUCCAUUGAGGUUAAGCACACAGCUCCUGUUGAAGGUAUUUAUUAUGAGUUCUAAUAGGUCAUAGUCCCCACCGCCCACCUGUACAUGACUUGUUUUUUUUUGUAUGAAAUUAAAGCGUAUAAAACUGUAUAUAUGUAUUAUUGUGUAGAAUUAAAGUCCUCCUAGCCAAAGGCUUAUGGUGCUCUCAGUAUCAGUUUGGGCCUCUGGUAGCUAAACGGAGGCGUUCUGUCUUUUAAUAAUACAACGUGUCUGAGUCCAUCUCUUACCUCACUGUUGGGUGAUGUGCAUAGAGGUUACAUCUGAGAUGCUUGAGUGAACAAAAGGAAUAGUGACUAUAACUUUUAUUUUUAAAGCAGGCCUUAAGAAACCUUACGAAACAAAAAAAAAAAACAUUCAUUCAAAUUUGCCUGUAAACCUUUGGAAAGAUGUCAUCUGUUGCUAAGCAUGCAGUUUAGUAUAUCACUGAGUCACAAACUGUCCUUAUACAUUUUGAUUAGGCUUUUCAAAAUUGGCUUUUUCACAGAAUAUAAUUAUUAAACUUUGAUAGAAUGAUUUUCUAAAACCAAGUCGGUGCCUACCAUUAGGCGUUCUUCAGGCAGUCACGUGUACCGCUAUCUAAUGCCUUCAACUACUAGUCCUAUCGUGUUAGUUAAUUCCUGCAGGAAACUAAUCUCUCUUUCAUUCCUUUCCAAAGUCUAAGCUCAGCUGCCACCGUGUCGAGACCGGAAAGAGACUGAAACACAGAAGAUCUGCUGCAACAGAGUGAAAGUAGCAGUUCCUCCUGAAGGUCAGAGAUUGCAGCAUCUGAGGGCCUCUUCAAAAGAAGACGUAGUUGAUGAAGACGUUCUGGAGCAGGACCAGAAAGACCACGACCAAGCAGCCUUGAGAUCUUAGGCAGCGUCUUCCUCAGGUCCCUCUCUAUCUCCCCACACAUCCACCAACCACUGGAACACAUCUCCAAAGUUCUGCCAGGCCAGCUCAGCUUCCCCUCAGAAGAAGUGCCACCACCUGCCAGAUGAAGGAGCCUUUUGAGAGGCAGCUGGCAUCGUGAUUGGACUGUACUUUGGUCUGUUCCAAUCCAGCUUCAGCUCCAGAGACGGCAGGCGGGACGAGUCAACGGAGGCCGGGUGGACGAAGACAUGCAGCUGAGUACAAUCCAGAAAACAACAGAGGAGGAGUGCAGUGGCCCAGGGCCAGAACAACCAGAGUAGCAUCAUAUGUCUCUUAGAAAACAUCAUAGUAUAGCCUUUGGUAUGAAAAAACGCCAUCAUAUACAUCGUAUAUUGUACAAAUAACAAGUCAAAGGAAAGAGACAUACAUUGUAGAAUUGUAGUAAUUGUGGACUGACUGAUUUACUGAUUAUCAGUAUUUUAUUUUUUACCGAUUUACAGUAAUAAAUACAUUUGAAAAUGGUG